GUUAUGCUUUGAUUGUUGAGCAGUGUGGAGUACGAGAAUGCAAAACAUAAAUCGGCCAGCCGGCCGGCAACCACAAUAUAAUGUUAACCAGUGAUGAGACUAAAUCCAUAAACUAUAAUAAUGAGUACAGUCCCAGGAGACGAUUUCCCGGAUUUUCUGUCCGAGAAGCUGGUGAUGGGAGAAUCGGACCCGGAGGAGUUUUCAGAUUUCUUCCAGGAUGCUCCGUACCUAGAUAUAACCUGUGAUAAUGGGGACUGUCCGCCUCCUCUCUUCCUUCUUCCGCCUCCGCCCCGCCCACCAGAUCUGGCGGCGGAGGGUUGCCCCGCCCUCUCACCUUACGAAAGUUGUGACAAUAUUGUUAUCAUUGAUAGUCAGGUCCACCUAGAAGAGACGUUUCAAAACCUAAUAAUUGUAGCGGUCAGUUCAGCUGUUCUAGUCAUAGCACUUGUUCUUUUAGUUGCUUGCAUUUGGAGAAGAAGAAAGUCCGGUGUCGAGGGAUGUCAUUGUGGUGACGGAAAACAAGAUACUUCGGGACUUCAGAUUCCAGACUCAUUGGAGAUGAAAUCUGCAUCCGAGGUUUAUGAUAAUCCGAACUAUUCUCAUAUUAUGAUAGGGGGUAAACCCUUCUUUCUCCUCCCUAACGGAGAACUAUCGGAGCAUGUUCCUGUUCCUGCUCAAGGGGAGCAUCAUACACCGCGACAUACUCAACCUCAUCAUAUAUACGAGGGAGGGAGUUCAACCUAUAGAUCAGGUUCAGAUUAUGAUACUGAGAGCUCAACGUAUAAACCCGACUCUGAUAGAGCUUCCAAUGGUUUCCCUCCGAUCUAUGAAGAGAUAGAUAAGUGUAGUAGUGUUGGUUCCAACCAUAACUCCCAGGUUGAAUCCCAGUUUGGGAGAGCUGAGAGCUCACGAGAACCCGGUGUUCCAACUGAAAUAAAAGGUUUUGUGCCUCACCAAACCAUGGCUGUGAUUCGUAAAGAGGAGAGUCUUCCCCAGACAAUUCUACACUCAGAGAGAGGUCCCUGGUCCUCGCAUAAAUCUGUGAGUCCUAGAAGACCUGGAAACAGGAUUCCAACCCGAACUCCGGACUCUGGAUCUGUCUACUACUACAGUGAUACCUUGAGACGAAGAGGACUUUUGGAUACAGGACGUGACUCCGUUCAGGAGUCAGAUAGUGGGAUAAGCAGUAGAUCAGGACACAAUACGAGUAGUGAAUCCACACCCCAGCCUAGGUUAGAGCUCAAUAGAUCUAUAAGAGGAAGACACCAGCCUGUAGUGAGUAGUGAUGAGGAUCUUAGCCAAGAUAUUGCUAGAAGAGCGGAUAGAAGAGGGUUUGUUAGUCCAGGACGGAAACCGGAGCUUGCAAACCACUUAAACCAUGUUUCUCGAAGACAGGAAGUUAGUCCCUCUGCUGUAAUAGAUACCCAGAUCAUUGUCAGAAAUACAAAUAAGAGGGAACCAAGAGCAGAUUUGUGAACAAUCAUCUGGUUCUUGUAGCACAAUCCUUUAUCCUGCAAAUCAUGAUAAACCUAGCACCUGGGAUCUCUAAAACUUAAAACUUAGUUCCUUAGUUGUGUUUAUAUCCCGGCUUUCUCCGGUGUUACGCUAAAUUUGUUCCUGAUUUUGUUCUUUUCUCCUCCUGGAGUAAAAACCUUGUUCUUCCAGAUCUUUAGACCAGGAAAAACCCGUGUUCAAUCUUAAACAAAAACAUUUUUCCACAUUUUUACAAGAUUGAUUUUUGAAAUUAAACCCAAAGAACAAUUAAAUAGAUAAUUUUAAAAUAUAUGAAACUAUUUAUAUUUUCUCUCUUUUUUAAUGAACCAAGUCUAUUUUUUACCCAGAUACACUACCAUGAAUUAUUUAUUCUCUAGGAAAAAUUUAGCAAAUUAGAAAAGUUUUGUAUUGGUUCUCUGUUCAAUCCUAUACCUUCUUCUAAACAAGCCUAGAACCUUCUCCAACUCAAUUAAAGAAAGAUCUCUUCAUUUGAUUAGAAAAGCAUUUCAAACUUUUAGAUAGGAAAACUUUGCUAAACGUGUAAUUUGAUAAAGUCACACAAAACCUCCGGCUUAGAUUGAAACCUAGACAUUUAAACCCCUGUCAGUUAUUCAACAACGUGUUUUGAUAUUCCCAAGUGAUUUUGUUAAAAUUAGAAUUGAUGUGUACUCUAUUCAAUUUGUUUUGCUUUAUUCAGCAAAGUGCAAAAAUUCUAUUAAAUUUUCAGCAGAAAUUUAUGAUAAUAAAGUUAUACUCCCCUUCCUCCCUUUCACACCAAUCAACCCCCCCCCCCCUGCUCCCCAAAUGUAAAAUAACUUUUACCCUCCUCUCUCCUCUCCCCCCGCUCCCUAUCUAGAAUUAAAUCAAGUUUGCAAAAUAUUCUGGAUUAAAUACCUCAGGCCUUCUCAACAAUUUUUUCAAUUCGGAUGCCUUGCCUGCUUUGGGGAUAAACUAGAUUUGAAACCCUAAACCCUGUUUUUCCAGGACACCCUGUCAUUCCAGGAUACCCUGUUUUCCAGGACAACCUGUUAUUCCAGGACACCUUGUUAUUCCGGGAUAUCUUGUUAUUCCAGGACACCUUGUUAUUCCAGGAUACACUGUUUUUCCAGAACACCCUGUUAUUUCAGGAUACCUUGUUAUUUCAGGACACCCUGUUAUUCCAUGAUACCCUGUUUUUCCAGAACAACAUGUCAUUCCAGGACACCCUGUUAUUCCAGGAUACCCUGUUUUUCAAGGACACCCUGUUUUUCAAGGACACCCUGUUUUUCUAGGACACCCUGUUUUUCCAGGACAACAUGUCAUUCCAGGACACCCUGUUAUUCCAGAAUACCAUGUUAUUCCAGGAUACCUUGUUAUUCCAGGAUACCCUGUUUAUUCAGGACACCCUGUAGCAUCAUCCCACCAACUGGUAAUAAAUUUGAGUUCGGAUUAAACUGCCCGAAUUUACAAUUCCAAUUUCCUUUAGAAUGGGCAAGAGUGGAUGCACGUCCACAAAUUGUUUUCUUUAAAUAUUCAAAAUUCAAAUUUCUUUCAAAAUUUUCUCCAUUUUACUCAAAGUAAAGACACAUGUUGAAUUUCAAGUAAAAAUAUUUCAAAAAUAGAAUCUUUUUAGAUUAUUUGAGAUUUGUCCAGUCUUUCAAAGGUUGUGUAUAGUUGGUUGGGAUGCUAGAUUUAUCUCUGUGAUACCAGUUUAGAAUAGUCACCAGUAAUAAAAAUAUAUAUAUAUAUAUGUAAUCCAUCAUUAUUCACGAUAAAAACAAAUAAAUUUUAAAUUAUGA